AUGCUCCGACACGGCCGCGCGGGUGUGCCCAUGGAAGUCAUGGGCCUGAUGCUGGGUGAGUUUGUGGAUGAUUACACAGUGCGAGUGGUAGACGUCUUCGCCAUGCCACAGUCCGGUACCGGCGUGUCGGUCGAGGCGGUGGAUCCCGUGUUCCAGACCAAGAUGAUGGAUAUGCUACGGCAGACAGGACGCCCCGAAACAGUAGUAGGCUGGUACCACUCACACCCCGGCUUCGGCUGCUGGCUCUCCAGCGUCGACAUCAACACCCAACAAUCCUUCGAACAACUCACACCUCGCGCUGUCGCCGUCGUAAUAGAUCCCAUCCAAUCCGUAAAAGGCAAAGUCGUCAUCGACGCCUUCCGACUCAUCAACCCUCAAACCCUAAUGCUCGGGCAAGAACCACGACAAACGACCAGCAACCUCGGCCACCUCAACAAACCCAGCAUCCAGGCCCUCAUCCACGGCCUCAAUCGCCACUACUACAGCAUCGGCAUAGGCUACCGCAAGACCGCUCUCGAGGAAGGGAUGCUGAUGAACCUCCACAAGACCGUCUGGACCGAAGCCCUCACCAUGCCCGACUUCGCAGCCGAAGGCGCCCGAAACCAAGCCAAUCUCAGCAAACUCGUGAGCCUAGCCGAAGGAUACGAGAAGCGGGUGAAGGAAGAGACGGAGCUCACAAAGGAGCAAUUGCGGACACGAUACGUGGGCAAGGUGGAUCCGAAGAAGCAUAUCGAGACUGUAGGCCAGGAAUUGAUUGAAGACAAUAUCGUGGCUGUGACGAGGCAGAUGAUCGACAAGGAGGCCGGUGUGCCGUCAGCGGUAGGAGGGGAAAUAGGUAGCAAGCGUGGUGGUCCCGUGAACGGGCAUCGGUCGCGGGGAGAGGAGAUGCAGGUCGAUGAGGAGGAGGAACUGUAG